ACAGGUGUGUAAUCUCUCCACUCGCAUUGCGAGUCGCAAUACCUAAACCCUUAUUCUUAACAAUGGGCUACAGUGUGCAAGAAAAGUCAGUUGUCGACUUUUGUGAAAGCAAAACGGAAUCGUUGUCCAGUUGGGUCCGCAAAGUAAAAUGUAAGUCAUUAAAUGCUAAGACAAAGAGAAAGCGCGACCUGAGAAUAAUCGCCAUAUUGAGCAACUCCCUGUCCCGCGCGGAGAGCGAGCUCCUUACUAAACAAAGAGAACGCGCUAGAAGGUGGGCUCAGAUGCAAGCCGAUCUCGGAUUAAAUAACAAAGAAGAGGAGGUCGCCAAGCAGCAGCGCGAGACUAUCGAUAAUCUAUGGAAGAACGAUCUCAGCGGCUUAGAUAAUUUUUUCAAAGAACUAGACAAUGUCAAACCAAUGCUAAAUCAAUCGAUAUGUGUUAAUCAAGUAGCGUAAUGAUUAGGUAAAGUAAUUGUAUUUGAAUCUGUGAUAUAUGUAGGAUGUUUUCUAAAUUACAGUCCCAUUGCGUUUCGCGUGGGUCUGCAUCAGACGGCCGCCAUCUUGGCCGCCAUGUCGGGG